CAGUUGCUGAAAUUUUGAUUGAAGCAUGUCGAGCACCCAAAGCCAGGGCCAGAGGCACUUGGAUUUCUUAUUUAGCUGGGCGUCACAGUGGGACCCCAAUGGAGGUGUUCAACUAGCUUCCAUCAAAAGAAGAAGACAUGCUCUGAUCAAACAUGCCUUCUUCAAGAUUACUUGUCCCUUUCGUCGUUGGAUUGACCCACGAAGUGAUCAGAUGAUUCCCAUCCACUUAAUGGUCAUCACGCAGUCCCGAACCCGUGCCUCCAUUCAUUCUCCAAUCGAAAUUGGGAAACUAAAACUCUACGGUGAACGACGGUUUACGGUCCCUGUCUCAGAUGCCAUACCUGAAAGGAGGGAUAUGUAUAAGGGGAUAGUUGAAGGGUUUAUUUCCACCAUGGUUAUUGUUUCAAAAACGAAACAACCAGAUAUUAUGCAACCGAUAUACAAGGCGAUUGAAAAGGCCGAGCCCGGUUGGCCUAUUGAUGUGGUCAUAAUGCUCGUGACUGUUGACAUUUUGGGCAAGUCUGUCGUUCCAACAACCAAAUCGGUGUUUUCCCAUCUGGACAACGUGAGGCUUGAUGAUUUGGAAUCUACUGUUAGACAGAAGCCGUGUAGUCUUUGUGGCAAGAGCCUUGAUCACUUCUGCGAUGCAGGAGAAGGGAUAACUCGCUUGUCCUGCUCCCACCUUUUUCAUGUAGGUUGCUUUGUCCAGUGGUUGGAGCUGACUAAGCUGAGUCCUGCGCAUGCCUGCCCCACCUGCCAUCACCCGCCAGGUAUUGUGAAAUGUUGGAAAAAGAACAUGACAAGACCCACACCGAAAACACCCAGCUAAAACAGGCAAGUCUUGCAGGGUCCACUCUUAAAAGAGAUUAUACCGAAAUUUCGGCAUAACCUCCCCUAAAAAUAGACAACCCAUCCUGUAAUGAAACUGAACACUUCAA